CUGUCACUAUGGGGUAUUUGGGAUCUGCCUCCAGCCUAUUCCUGCUCUCGUUGCCCCUGCUGUGUGCAUUCAGCCAGCCUGCUGCCCGGACACCCAGCGGGGUGGACGAGUGCGCGCAGGGAACCGACAAGUGCCACAUAGACGCCAUAUGCCAGGACACGCCGACCGCCUACAAAUGUAUCUGCAAAGCCGGCUUCAAAGGAGAGGGGACCUCGUGUGAAGACGUUGAUGAAUGUGAUAGUGAAUACAAUGGCGACUGCGUCCACGAGUGCACCAACAUCCCCGGGAAUUACCGCUGCACUUGCUACGACGGCUUCAAGCUGGCCCACGAUGGACAUAACUGCUUAGACGUGGAUGAAUGCCAGUCCAAUAACGGGGGGUGUCAGCACCUCUGCGUCAACACCAUGGGGAGCUACGAGUGCCGCUGCAACAAGGGCUUCUUCCUGAGCGACAAUCAGCACACGUGCAUCCACCGCUCCGAAGAAGGCCUGAGUUGCAUGAACAAGGAUCACGGCUGCGCUCACAUCUGCCGGGAGUCGCCGAGAGGCGGCGUGUCCUGCGACUGCCGGCCGGGUUUCGAGUUGGGGAGGAAUCAGAGAGAAUGUGUCUUGACCUGUAACCAUGGAAACGGAGGAUGUCAGCACACGUGUAAUGACACGGAUGUCGGGCCCGUAUGUUCCUGUCACCCUAAGUACACCCUGCACGCCAACGGCAAGACCUGUGUUGAGAAAGAAGAAGCAGAGUUGAACUCCACGUCGGACAUGGACAAGCGGGUGAAGCGCCGGCUGGUGAUGGAGACAUGCGCGGUUAAUAACGGCGGCUGCGACCGAACGUGCCGUGACACCUCGACCGGCGUGCGCUGCAGCUGCCCCGUCGGAUUUACUCUGCAGUUUGACGGGAAGACGUGUAAAGAUAUUGAUGAAUGUCAGAGCGGGAACGGCGGCUGCGAGCAUUUUUGCAAAAACACGGUGGGCAGCUUUGAUUGCAGCUGCAGGACGGGCUUCAAAUUACUUACAGAUGAGAAGUCCUGCCAGGAUAUUGACGAGUGCUCCUUCGAGCGGACGUGCGAUCACACGUGCACCAAUCUCCCGGGGGCCUUCACCUGCACCUGUGAUAAAGGGUACAGUCUGUACGGCCUCACACACUGCGGAGAUACGAACGAAUGCAGCAUGAACAACGGAGGCUGCUCGCACGGCUGCGUGAACACGGCGGGGGCUCACUACUGUCAGUGCCCCCCGCGGUACAAGCUGCACUGGAACGGCAAGGACUGCGUCGAGGCUCAGACCCCCCCGGCGGACGCGGCCCCCCCGAGGGUAUUCCUACGCUGCGUGAAGAGCGGCGGGGGCGAGAGGUGUUUACUAAGCUGCCCGUCCCACGUCUAUUCCGCGCCCGGCCUCCAGGACUCGUACGCCGUCACCUGUGGAUCCUCCUCGCCGCUGAGAGCGAAACGCGCGAGGAACGAGACCACAGAUUUUGCAACAAUUAAGACGAGCGUCACGUUUAAAGUCGCCGACGGCGCGUGCCGGACGAGGAAGACAGAAGCCCCCCCGGAAUUCACGCAGCAGCGGAUAUCAGAGAAACAGUAUCUCGUGUACGAGAAUUUCCACUUCUUAAACAUAACGUGCAGGAGCGUCGGGAGGAAGCCGUCCGGCAGAGAGGGCGUCAUAACGGCGCUGCUAGAGCUCCACGUCAGCCAUCACGAGGUCUCAGAGUCGUGCGCCCUCAGCUGCGUCCGGAGGAAAGCAGAGAAACGGCUCCGCAAAACCGUCCGGACGCUGAGAAAGGCGUUCAGCAGGGAGCAGCUCCACGUCCGUCUGUCCGGGAGGGACUUCGAGGUGGCGAGAAAGACCCCCCGAGACGCGCAGGACGCCUGCGGGACGGGACAGGUCCGGGCGGACGGCCGAUGUGUUAGCUGCCAAGCUGGGACUUACUACGACGAGGAGAAGGAGCAAUGCGUUUUAUGCCCAAACGGAACGUAUCAAAACGAGGAAGGGCAGAUAACGUGUGAAAUUUGCCCAAAUCCUGAGAACCGAGGCGGCCCUAAGAGCCCGGGGGCCCGCGAUGUAUCAGAAUGCGGAGGGCUGUGCCCGGCGGGUGAAUUCUCGGCAGAUGGCUUCCGGCCGUGUGAGCCGUGCCCGCACGGGACGUACCAGCCUGAAGCCGGGCGCACCUCGUGCUUCCCAUGUGGCGGAGGACUCACAACCAAACACAACGGUGCCACGGCGUUUACCGACUGCGAGACUAAAGUUCAGUGCUCGCCGGGGCAUUUCUACAACACAACUACCCACCGGUGUAUCCGCUGCGCGGUGGGGACGUACCAGAUGGACUUCGGGCAGAACUUCUGUAUUUCCUGCCCGGGAAACACCAGCACGGACUUCGACGGCUCCACCAGUAUCACCCAGUGCAAGAACCGGCUGUGCGGAGGGGAACUGGGAGACUUCACCGGAUACAUCGAGUCGCCGAACUAUCCGGGAAAUUAUCCGGCAAACGUCGAGUGCACCUGGAACAUCAGCCCGCCGGCCAAACGCCGCAUCCUGAUCGUCGUCCCCGAAAUCUUCCUGCCCAUAGAGGACGAGUGCGGAGAUUAUUUAGUGAUGAGAAAAAGCUCUUCAUCCAAUUCUGUCACCACCUACGAGACGUGCCAGACGUACGAGCGCCCCAUCGCCUUCACGUCCAGGUCCAAAAAGCUUUGGAUCCAGUUCCGGUCCAACGAGGCAAACAGCGCCAAAGGCUUCCAAGUCCCGUACGUCACGUACGAUGAAGAUUACCAGGAGCUGAUAGAAGACAUAGUGCGUGACGGACGGCUCUACGCCUCGGAGAACCACCAGGACAUCCUGAAGGAUAAGAAGCUCAUAAAGGCCUUGUUCGACGUCCUGGCGAAUCCCCAAAAUUACUUCAAGUACACGGCGCAGGAAUCCCGAGAGAUGUUUCCCAAGUCGUUCAUACGGCUUCUUCGCACCAAAGUGUCCAGGUUUCUGCGGCCCUACAAAUAACGACGAGCCCUUGACGUUUGCGGACUCUAUGAGAAGAUCUUCAACAGGGAUUUAACCCCCUCCGUUCCUGUCCUUUUCACG